AGAAAGUACCCAAUGAAAACAACAACAAAUUAUGAAAACAGCGAGAGCCCGUUGCCGUGCCCGUACCUGGCCCGUACACUGUCCGUCUGUCUCUGUCACCUCGUAUACUCAAUGGAUAAGAGAGAACUUUUUGAGGUUAAGGACGAUGAAGAACAAAGGGCAAAAUUGCAAGACAUUUGCGAUUUACUCUUGGCUGCUGGCUAUUUCCGCGUGAGACUCAAAGGAUUGUCUGCCUUUGAUAAAGUGGUAGGAGGCAUGGUCUGGUGCUUGGAACUUUGUGCCGUUGAUGUUGACGUCAACUUCUUGUUUCGAGAAAAUCUCAACAUUGGUGAAAAAAUUGAAAUCACUGAAAAAAUUAUUAAUGUUUUAUUGUCAAUCAAGUGUGCUUAUGCCCUUGAACCUCACCAAAUUCAAGGUCUUGACACAGUAAAAAUCCUUCCUGUGAUGCAGUGGUUGGUGAAGAAAGCCAUGGAAACAAGAGAAUCUCUCAACGAUCACUUGAGAGAAAUUGCUGACCUACAAUACCAGAAGACCUUCCCUUUGCCUGAAUCAGAAGUGAAAUUGCAAGAGACAGCCAAGAAUCUACCCAAAUUAUUCCUGCCUCAGAGGAAAUUCAAGAAAGUCCAGGGUCAAUCCCUGCCGAUAGAGAAAGAGGUCGUUUCUACUUUAAUGGAAUACGGCUACAACAAGGUCAACCUUCUUGAUGACACCCAACAGCUGGUGGAGAAGACGAUGAAGAGCGAGAAAAAGCUGGAAAAUCGAGCCAUCUCCCAUAAAGUUAGCAAUCUCAUCCACCAGCAAGCUGGCUUUAUAAGUCAAACGAUUGAUGACUACACCCAACGCCAGAACGAACGCGAAGGCGAGCGGGAUGAGCGAACUCAUUUGGAGGAACGCAAUAAGAAAACAUCGGAAGCUCUGGAACGCGUCUGCAAUCAAAUCGCCUCGCAGCAACAGGUGAUGGAUCAGUUGAAGGCCAAGAUCGGCGAUCUUAUUGCGUCAGAAGAAGUUUUGGAGCAGCAGAAGAAAUCGCUCGCAGCCUUGGAGACUGAGGAGAAUCGCCAGACCUUGGAUCAGCUUGAUCGCCUCGUAAGCCAGAACGAAGCGGCCAAUGCACAGCGGAAGCAAUUCAAAAAUCAAUGUAAAGCAGAGCUGGAAGAACUUCAGUCACGCAACGAGGCAUUAUUAAGCAAAGAAGAGGAAGCUCCAGCCAAUCAAGAUCACCUCAAGCGGCAAGUGGACAGUGCCCGUGAGCAGCUGGCUGGCGCCCUGAAAAUUUUGGGUGAGAAGAACGUGAAUUUGAUGAAAUUGCGACGCCAGUUGGACGCCGUGCCGGGCAACUCUGAAUUGAAUCAGUACCAACGUCGUUUCACCGAACUCUGCACCCAAGUUAAUGAGAAGCAAACUGAAUUGAACGGCUAUUACUUGCUGUACAAUACGUUGGAGGACACGAAAGUCUACUUGAACAAAGAGCUCUCACUGCUGACCUCAAUCCACGACUCAUUCAGUCAAUCAAUGACGAGUUCGGCCGGCAAAGGAGAAUUCCUCCAGCAAAUGGAGAAAAUCGUCACCGCCGUCAGGCAAAACAAGAAUAAGAUCGAGAAGCAGAUCGAAAUGUUGACGGAGAAACACCACGAUCUGGGCCGUUGCCUUGGCCAGUUUGCCGUCGAGGAGCACCAAUACCGAGACACGCUCAAGGCCAUCAGCCACGAGAGUCACAAGUAUAAGCAGUUGAUGUCGCAGUUGAGCGAUCACAACGACUAAAUGGGAGCAACGGACACAGUCGAGAAUUUUUUCGCCAUCCUGUUAUUAAAAGGAGCCUAGAAUAAUGCCUUCGUGAUACGCCAUAAAUCCACACAUUCCUAAACACGUUGAAACUAACCCGCCAAAUGUAUUUACGAUGACGCGAUUAGCAUAUGCAUACACAACAAGACCGUUUCGUUAACAACCAAGAAAAACAACAAUCACCGUUGUCUCUUUUUAGAGCGUAUAUAUAGAGCUAAUCUGGGAAGGAGAGAGAGUUUCACUUUUUGUUUUUUAUUAACAAUGUUGCAACAACCGGAUAGAAAUGGCUACGGGCAUCGUGCCAUAGAGCCCUUUUUGAGAUUUUUGUUCAAAAUUAUUAUUAUUAUUAUUAUUAUUACUGUCGCUAGACUUUUUUAUCUUCAACUUUUUUUUUGUUAUCGAAGAAAUGAUCGCCGAUAAAAAAAUACCUUCGUCUAUUAACAUUUUU